AUGGAAUUGCGCUUGUUGCAUGAGUGGAUGGCAUACACGUCCGAGACUCUUUCAACGACCGUCGACUUCUGGAAGAUACGAGCACCGCUGCUAGCACUGCAGAAUCGCUUCGUGUUCGAAGCGCUCUUGGCUCUUGCUGCCCUCCACGGGUCACGAAAAGAAGCAAAGGCGUGGUCGGGUCUGCAUGGCCGUGAAGUAGCUGUAUCGUCAAACAGCGUUGCCACAAACGAGCAAGGGUCCGAAGCUACCACGCCGAACGAGUGGAAAAAGUGGAAGGCAUUCGGGGGAGAAAGUCUUCCUACUGGUUCUGCUAGUGUCCUCAACGCCACCCCAGAAGCUCGCCGGGGGAUGCUGGAAGUAUCAAGAAAGUACUUUUCCCGUGCCCUUGAGGGCCAGCAGAAGGCGGUCGCUUCCAUCAGCUCGCAGACCAUCCAAUCGAGCUACCUCUGCUCUAUGCUGGUCAACUACUACUCUUUGUUCACUUUGAGCGACGGUGAUGAUGACGGCAGUGGUGUGCCAGUUGGCCUCAUGAACUGGAUCCGAGUAUCGCGCGGUGUACGCCACAUCAUAAAUCAGAUGACACAGUUAUCUGCAGGAUCGCUUCAAGCGGAGUCAAUGCAUGCGGAACCCGAUCUCUCUGACACGGACGAGUUAUUCCACCCCGUCCACAUGGAACCAUUCAAGUACCUGCUGUCGAAUGUCGAAGGAGAUGAAGUCGCAGAGGAAGAUCGCACCGCAUACGAGCAUACAUUGAGCUACGUCGGAUUGAUCUACAAAGGGAUCGUGCAGAAUCUGGACUCCCCGCUGGCCACAGGUCGUCGAUGCAAUGCAAUGCCAGCGAGCGUACCAAUGCGCUUCCUGGAUCUCGUCGAGGCCAAUCAACCUCGRGCAAUGGCCAUCAUGGCGCAUGUCUUCGCAUCCAUGCAACUUGUCCAGGAGAGUUACCCGUGGUUCAAGGGUAUUGCCGAGCAUCAGAUCCCGCUCAUCUGUAGGUCAUUGCCGCGGCAGUGGACCGAGUUUGUUCAGUGGCCUCUACAGAUCAUCCAAGGUGGUGGCGAGAAUGGAUCCGGGCAUGUCGUCCAUGCUGAGAAUGAUGGCGUAUGA